CCGCCCGCGCUCCCCAUGAAAAACCAGCUCCGCGGCCCCCCAGCGCGGGCGCACAUGUCGGCCUCGGGGGCGUCGGCGGCUGGGGGCACCGGGGCGGGGUCGGAGCCCGGUGCGGGGUCUGGUUCCGGCGCCGGUACCGGGGCAGGCGCGGCGGCGGGUGCGGGGGCCAUGCCUUGCAAGAGUGCCGAGUGGCUGCAGGAGGAGCUGGAGGCGCGCGGCGGCGCGUCCCUGCUGCUGCUCGACUGCCGGCCGCACGAGCUCUUCGAGUCGUCGCACAUCGAGACGGCCAUCAACCUGGCCAUCCCGGGCCUCAUGCUGCGCCGCUUGCGCAAGGGCAACCUGCCCAUCCGCUCCAUCAUCCCCAACCACGCCGACAAGGAGCGUUUCGCUACGCGCUGCAAGGCGGCCACCGUUUUGCUCUACGACGAGGCCACGGCCGAGUGGCAGCCAGAGCCUGGCGCUCCCGCUUCGGUGCUUGGCCUUCUCCUGCAAAAGCUGCGCGACGACGGCUGCCAGGCCUACUACCUCCAAGGUGGUUUCAACAAGUUCCAGACAGAGUACUCAGAACACUGCGAGACCAACGUGGACAGCUCGUCCUCGCCGAGCGGCUCACCGCCCACCUCAGUGUUGGGUCUGGGGGGCCUACGCAUCAGCUCUGACUGCUCAGAUGGUGAGUCGGACAGAGAGCUGCCCAGCAGUGCCACCGAGUCAGACGGCAGCCCUGUGCCAUCCAGCCAACCGGCCUUCCCCGUCCAGAUCCUGCCCUACCUCUACCUCGGCUGCGCCAAGGACUCCACCAACCUGGAUGUGCUCGGCAAGUACGGCAUCAAGUAUAUCCUCAACGUCACGCCCAACCUGCCCAAUGCCUUCGAGCACGGGGGCGAGUUCACCUACAAGCAGAUCCCCAUCUCUGACCACUGGAGCCAGAACCUCUCCCAGUUCUUCCCUGAGGCCAUCAGCUUCAUAGACGAGGCCCGCUCCAAGAAGUGCGGUGUCCUGGUGCACUGCCUGGCAGGCAUCAGCCGCUCGGUGACGGUCACAGUGGCCUACCUGAUGCAGAAGAUGAACCUGUCGCUCAAUGAUGCCUACGACUUUGUCAAGAGGAAAAAGUCCAACAUCUCACCCAACUUCAACUUUAUGGGGCAGCUGCUGGACUUCGAGCGGACGCUGGGGCUGAGCAGCCCGUGUGACAACCACACCCCCAGCGAGCAGCUCUACUUCUCCACGCCCACCAACCACAACCUGUUCCCACUCAACACGCUCGAGUCCACGUGAGGCCGGGGGCACGGGGCAACGGGCCAGCCCCUCCCGGGCCUCCACAGGGCCCGCAGGGAGGGCCCACACCUGCUGCCUCUGGCGUGAGGAACCCGGACAUCGCCUGUGCCCAGAGGUGAGCUUCCCUCACCGUCCCGGGGAGGGUGCAGCCCACAGCCAGGCCUCCCCCGGCAGGACUUUCCGGAGGGGCCCUCGGCUCUCAGACAUGUGGCUUUGGGAGUCCAGUGGCGCCUCGUCCUUGUCCCAGGACACUCCUUUCUGCUGAUGGCCCAGCCAGUUUGGCUCUUUUUUUUUUAAAGACACAUCCAUGGACCUGAGUUUACUUUUUAUUUUUGGCAGGUAAAUCCGAGCUCCCUGGAGCAGAGAGUGUUCAAGCUCUUCUUGAUUUUUCUUUUUUAAUGAAAAGUGUUAUUUUCAGGCUACAUGCAACAGUGGAUUGUAUAAACCAGUAUUUCAUCCCUUUCUUGAUCCUGCGAGAGAGAGAGAGAGAAGUGUUAUCAGUUUGUUUUUCUUCUUAUUUCAAAAAGCAAUUCUUGGGUUUUUGUUUUUAAUGGAAAAGACAAACCCCGCGUUGAUCUUGACCAAAAGCGUUUUGCACAUGUGUGAAGCCUCCGUUUCCGCAGCGGCCCUUAAAGGGGUGGUUUGCUGCUCUCGCCAGCUUUGGACUCCCAGGCCUGCCCACACCUCCCACCUCGGCCCAGCCCGACCUGGCGCUGCAUUUGCCUGUGAUGACUGCCGCGAGUGGUGAGUGGUGGGCUGGACAGGUAGCCUUUGCAUUCUCUGCCCACCCAACUGCCCUUCUCGUGGUCCCUGCCAACUGCCCCAGGCAGCAGAGGGAGGCCCUGCCACUGUCCUGCUGGAGGUGGGGCCACAGGGGGCUGCCACGCAGUAGCAUUAACCCUCCGGGCUCAGCCCCGAGGGGGGCCUGGGCCCCAGGCCCUUUUUAUGUGUACCCACUACUUGCUUGUUCCUCUCUCUGUCUGUUGGUAGCUGAGGGUGCAGGCCCAGUGGCUGGGGGGGCGUAGGUGGUGGCACCCAGCCCUGCCUCCCCCGAGUCUCUUCCCUCACCCUGGUUGUUGCUUUGGUUCAGCUGCCACUCCCAGCCCCCUCAACCCGUGAAAGCCUGCCCUGUGCUCAUCUUGCCCCUGCCUUCUAUUAAGAAACUCGCACCCAUUUCAAUCCCAGGGCAGGGGUGGGUGGCGAGGAUGGACAAGGAAAGGGGUGUGAGGCUCUGUCCAUCCCUCCACCCCCAUACCCACAGAACAAAGCCACGGAUUCCGUUAUCCUCCUCCAGUUUUGUUCCUUCUCCAACCUCAGUUCUCCCAGGUGUCAGGACUGCAUAGGGCCUGGGGAGGGGUGAGCAGUCGGGCUGGGGUCCCUGAGCGAGCCAGCACUCAGCAUGUGAGCAAGGCCACGGAAACUCUGCCCCCACUGCAUCUUACCUCACAGGGGUGGUUUUCAGGGAUUCUUUAAGGCAGCAGAUUAAAAUCUUGCCACAGUCAAGAAAUUGACAAAAAGCUUCCAUGCUGUACAUGGUUCUCUUUCUCUCUUUUUUACCUUUAAAAAGAAAAACCCAGAAAGAUGCAUCAGAUUUGUGUAAAUGAGGGUAUGCCAAGAGGGUGGCCAGUUUUGCUUUAUGAACUUAUGAAGGAAAAUUUGUGACCCUACAUAUAUAUACACACACAUACAUAUAUAUAUAUAUCCCGAUCCAGCAACGGGACUUUGUUUAUAUUGCAAAUAAAUAUUAUUUUUUCUUUAAAA